GUGAUGCUGAAGCUCAAAGUUGCUUUGCAGGUUGCUGACAUCAGAAAGAUGAAUGGGCUUGUCACGGAUCGUCAAAUAUUCGCACUUAAAACCAUCAACAUUCCACUGCCUGGAAGGCACCCUCCAUCUCCUUGUUUAUCUUAUGAUGCAACCUCUCCAGGACAAGGUAACUCCAACCCCCCUUGCACUGAUGCUGGCCACCUUGAGCUGUUUGAAUCAUUCCAUUCCUUGAAAGGCAAGCCUUCCGAGCCCAAGGUCUCGCAAGCAAUGAGCUCCUUACAAGGUUUCUAUGGACUUAAACCGGCCACUAAUUCCUCCGAAGACAAUUCCCACUCGCCUAACCGACCUCUGCACCAACACCGCAAAUCCAGAAGUUUGGUGGAUAUAAUCUUGGCAGAGGUCAUGGAAAAGGGGCAUGUUGAAGAGGCUGCACAAGUGAGGCAAGAAGGGGAGUUGGAGAAAUGGAAUGAUAAACUUAUCCGGAGGCGCCAGAAAUCUGAAGCUGACUUUAGUAGGAUACCGGAAUUGCUGUUGAAGGAGGAUAGCAGCAGCGCUUCUAUUGGUCCUCCGUCGAGAACAGGAAAGCGCUUGGCUCUGAGGCAGAAAGUGGGUAGCAGAAGUGCAUUAACAAGUGAUUCUGAAUCAAGUGGUAUAAUGAAAACAGGGGAUGCUUCUGAAUGGUCAUCACCAUUAUCAUCUGGGGUGCGAAAAUCAUACAGCACACCUUGCUUUCAAGAUCAAGAUAACAGUUGCACCUCAUCCAUUUGGCCACCCUCAGUGUGGACCUUGAAACCAGAUUUACAGGUUCUACCGAAGCCUCGAAGAAAUAAAGCUGCACUUGACUGAAUUACAUCAAUUUAUCAUAAACAAUUUUGAUCCCAUUUUGUGAGGUUAUGGAAUCAUUAGCUGCUGCAACUUAUCAGUGAAGGAGAAGAAAAGGAAAACCAAUAUGCCACAAGAAAUUACAUCAAUGUGUUGUUUAUUGUAACAGUGAGAAUGCAAUGCAAUGCAGGGUCAGGGGAUGAAAGGAAAGCAUUCCUUACCCUUGCAUAGUUGCAUUUGCCUUUAUAUUUUUCUUUUAUAUUUUUUAUUUUUUAUGUAUA